AUGAUCACCAGUCGCGAGAACACGCUGACCAAGGAGAGCCCCAACAUCCCUGUCGCGGACGUCCUCGCCGCUGGUUCCACGGGACUAUCGCGUGCGUUCCCUCGCAAGGAGGAUCUCGAUGCGGUGACGCAUGCGUACAUGAACGGCAUCAAGGCCGGAUGGAUCUGGUGUAUUGCGCUGGCGGGGUUGGCAUUCUUGGUCUCCUUUGCCGCCGAGUGGAAGAGUGUGCGGCCCGAAGAUGUGAAGAAGAGACGCGAGCAAAAAGCGGCGGCUGCGUCUGCGAGUCCUUGA